CCUCCGCCGGUGCGGUUUCUGCAAGACUAUUUCCUCUCCCCCUUUUUCUCUCUUUCUCUCUCUCUCUCAACCAAACUCUUCAUCCACGGGACUUUUGACUUUUUGAAGAAGAAAAAAAGCAGCCGUGUUUCCUCCUCCUCCUCCGCGGCACUAUUUUUCAUUUUGUAUUUUUUUUUUCCGGAUCUCUCGUCGAGGAGCAGAGAGACAAGAGGUCGCUCAACUUUUGAUGGAAAACAAGAGGUCGGGCUGCCGCUGACUUAAAGGUGAUAGUGAGCAGAGGAGCUGAGAAUGAUGGACCAUCUCAGCGAGGCGUGUCUGGGCAAGGAGAACUCCGACCUGGUCAACAGCAUGGCCGAGGCCAAGGCCCCGCCGGCCAAGCUGCCCCGGCUGGAGCAGAACGGCAGCCCCCUAGGCCGGGCCAGGCUGGGCAGCACCGGGGCCAAGCUAGCCGGGGUCCCGUACAAACCCACCGGCCACCUGCUGAAGACCUGCCACAAGAGAGGCAACAUGCUGCCCGUGUUCUGCGUGGUCGAGCACUACGAGAACCCCAUGGACUUCGACAGCAAGGAGGAGCACGCCGAGUUCGUGCUGGUGCGCAAGGACAUGCUCUUCAACCAGCUCAUCGAGAUGGCCCUGCUGUCGCUGGGCUACUCCCACAGCUCAGCGGCCCAGGCCAAAGGUAUGAUUCAGGUGGGGAAGUGGAACCCUGUCCCGCUGUCAUACGUGACAGACGCACCGGACGCUACGGUGGCUGACAUGCUGCAGGACGUCUACCACGUGGUCACGCUUAAGAUCCAGCUGCACAGUUGUCCUAAGCUGGAGGACCUGCCGCCCGAGCAAUGGAGCCACUCUACAGUAAGAAACGCCCUCAAGGAGUUACUCAAAGACAUGAAUCAGAGCUCUCUGGCUAAAGAAUGUCCCUUAUCACAGAGUAUGAUUUCCUCCAUUGUGAACAGCACUUACUAUGCAAAUGUGUCGGCGGCGAAGUGUCAGGAAUUUGGGCGCUGGUAUAAACAUUUCAAGAAGACAAAAGAUAUGAUGGGCAUGCGCCAACCAUCCCAGCUGGAGGGCUACCUGGGGACGUGUGUCCUCCGAGAGAGCCCGCGUGCCAAUGCACUAGAGAUGGACGGCCUGUCCGACCUGUCUCCUCCCGGCUCUAAUCACAGCCACAACCACAACCACAACCACCUGGGCUUCUCCCAGCAGCAGCAGCCCAUCCCCGGCAGCACGGCGGAGCAGACUCCCUCCUCGCCGGUGCCCCCGCUGCCUCACGCCCCGCCGCCGCACGGCGGCCAGAACGGCGGCCGGCAGCCACAGCUCCCCGGCAUGCACCACCCGGGCCUGGUGUCCACGCCCAUCAGCCCCCAGCUGGUCAACCAGCAGCUCGUGAUGGCGCAGAUCCUCAACCAGCAGUACGCGGUGAACCGGCUGCUGGCGCAGCAGUCCCUGUCGCAGCAGUACCUCAACCACCCGCCGGUCAACCGCAACUCCCACAACAAGCCCAUGGAGCCGCAGGUGUCCUCCAACACCGAGGUGUCCGUCGAGAUCUACCAGUGGGUGAGGGACGAGCUGAAGCGGGCCGGCAUCUCACAGGCCGUCUUCGCCCGCGUGGCCUUCAACAGAACCCAGGGCCUGCUGUCCGAGAUCCUACGCAAGGAGGAGGACCCUAAAACGGCUUCCCAGUCGCUGCUGGUCAACCUGCGCGCCAUGCAGAACUUCCUGCAGCUGCUGGAAGCCGAGCGCGACCGCAUCUACCAGGAUGAGAGGGAGCGCAGCCUGACGGCAGCCUCGGCGAUGGGCGCCCCGCCGCUCAUCAGCACCCCGCCCAUCCGACCCGUGCAGCAGCCCCGGAGGGAAGACUGUAACAGCGUGAGGCCCGAGGACUGGAAUCCCAGGAUCCCCGUGGGCCUCUCCCCUGUGAAACCGUCGCCUCUGCCCAGCGAGUGGAACGGCAAGACGGAGAGCUGCAUCCUCAACAUCAACUCCACCAUCUACGACGAGAUCCAGCAGGAGAUGAAGAGGGCCAAAGUCUCCCAGGCCCUGUUCGCCAAGGUGGCCGCCUCCAAGAGCCAGGGCUGGCUCUGCGAGCUGCUGCGUUGGAAGGAGGACCCGUCUCCGGAGAACCGCACGCUCUGGGAGAACCUCUCCAUGAUCCGCCGCUUCCUGAGCCUCUGCCAGGUGGAACGCGACGCCAUCUACGAGCAGGAGAGCAGCGCCGGGCAGCAGCACCACAGCGAGCGGCCGACGCACCUGAUGCACAUGUCCGCCGAGCAGCCGCAGGCUCAGUCGCUGCAGCAGCAGCAGCAUCAGCAUCAGCAGCCCUCCCUGUCCCUCCAGCACCCCUCCCAGCCCUUUUUGUCCCAGCAGCCCUUGCAGCAUCUGCAGCCCUGCACCGGCCCCCGCCUGCCGCCUCGCCAGCCCUCCACCGCCUCCCCGGCGGAGACGGAGGACGAGGGCGGCCGCGGGGGGAGCAUCAAGCCCCGCCCCUGCGGAGGAAAGAUCUCCCUGGAGGCUCUGGGCAUCCUGCAGAGCUUCAUCCAGGACGUGGGCCUGUACCCGGACGAGGAGGCCAUCCACACCCUGUCGGCCCAGCUGGACCUGCCCAAGCUCACCAUCAUCAAGUUCUUCCAGAACCAGCGCUUCUACAUCAACCACCCGGCCAAGGCGCCCAAGGAGCCCGGCAACAACAACAACAACAACAACAACAGCAGCAGCACCACCACCAACACCAGCAGCAGCAGCAGCCCGGCCUUCGAGGAGGAGCUGACGGACUUCAGGGAGAGCGGAGAGCUGCUGACGGAGCUGGACGACAGCACGCAGACCAACAGCACCAUCUUCUCCAUCAAGAUCGAGGAGCAGCUGGCCCGCGGCGCGGAGGCCCGGUCGGAGCGCGAGGUCAAGGAGUAGGAGGCUCCUCCCCUUCCGCCGCGUGCCGAGAGCUCCUCGCAGACGCUGAGCGGAGAAGUCGUGUUUUUAGCCGCACGAGGAGCGCCUCGAAAUAUAAAUCCGCUGCAGACGGUUCACACACUGGAAAGCCCAUUUCAGACUCGAGUACUACUUUUUUUGGGGGGGGGGGGGAUUUUGUAAAACUUGUAUUAUUCACUGUAAAGACUGAUGCGUUCGUUUAAAUAAAUCAGCACAAAAAAUUAUUCUAAGUAUGUUGCCGUGGAUAUUUGCUGACUGCACUCUAUGUCUGUUGUUUUACACUGACUUACUUUAUCUUUUUGAGCUACUGACUAUAUUUAAAAAGAAAAGAGAAAAAAAAAAGAAAAGAAAAAGCCCCCCCCCCCCCUGGACUUUGAUAGGUGUUUACGUAUGUGAUGUUUAACUGGAUUAAAAAAAUAAAUACUGAUAAUAACGAAUGAAAUCGAGGACCAAGCGGUUGACGAGUUAUUCUUUUGAGGAUCACCCGCCUCAGUCUUUACAUAUUAUUUGUUAGGGAGGAAAUAUAAAUAUAUAUAUAUAGACAUUAUAUUGUAAGUGUAAAAAAAAAAGAAAGAAAAAGGAAAAAGAAAAAGAUACAGUCUUAAAGAAACUAUGCCAACAAAUGCCUUGUACUAUACGGCACUGCCGAUGUUAGAUUAUUUUGCAAAACCUUUGUCACUGUAACUCAGCCACACAGUUAGAAAUGUGAAUUACACCCACGUUUAUGUUGUCCGACAUUAUUUAUUUGCAGUUCAUGCAGUGUUUAUUAAUAUUAUUAUUAUUUUUUUUUAAAUGUAUGUACGGCUUAAUCUUUUUUUUUUUUUUAUUCCACACUUUUUUUUCUUCCUUUUUUAUUUAUAAAUGUGAUUUUUUCGAUGGGCAGUAAAAACAAAAAGUGUCUUAAACGUUUUAAAUGGAGAAAUGUGCUUUAAAAAGGUUGCCUAUAAAAAGUGCUGUAUGUUGAGCAACUCAUUGCUACAAGCUUCACAAUUUAAUGUUGUAUGCAAUUUUUACUAUCAUGCAAAUAAGCUUAGGUAAGAUGACUAACCUAUAGAACACCUUAGAGAGAAAAACAUAUGCAAUCUGUGUGGAAAUCGAUGUCUGCGAUGUGUCUUCCUUUGGUUCACGAUCCAAUUCAAAAAAAGCUAUUCCUGUAUAAAUAUUCUGUAUAAAAGUGUUUCUUUUUUUAUCAGUUUAUUUCAAUGAACACCGGUUAUUUUGUUACGACUGUUUUAUAAGUGUUCCUCGGUUCCUUUCUGCAGAAAUGCUCUAACUAGAAGUGGUGAUUGAUUGUUAAAUACACAAUUAAACUGUUUGUAUUGUU